CUUGUCACUGGAGGGGUAUGCGUAUUGGAAACUGGAGUACCCACUCCGAACUGGCCCUCUCCUAUAUUCCUACGUGACAGGCUGUUUUUAAGAGACCCGUGAUGAAUCGAAAGCUAGAUUCAAAUGUUCGACCUCAUUCAGAUGAAUCCAAUGUAGUAACACUUGAUUCAUAUCUAAAAUUGUUUUUUUAUGAAGACAUACAAUGAGGUUAUAACUUAGGAUUGAUUAUCUCUAUAGUUAAGUGUUUACUAGUACUUCUUGUUACAAACAUUCACAUGGAGUUCUUCAAGAGUGGAUAUGCAUAUGCAUUGAAAGGAAUAUGAUGAAUGAUUUGAGAUGAUUGGGGGGUGAUUAGACCCCCAUUUUGCUGGUGGUGGUAUUGGUGCUAGAGUUAGUGGUGGGUGGGGAUGGUGGAUGGUUUGCUUUGCCCACUUGAAAGGUAAUUUGCAUGUUCUCUCUUUUCAUCUAGCAAAAUUGAGAUUGCCACUCUUCCUUCCCCUUUUGCGCUAAUUUACAGAAGGAAAAAGAAGGAAAAAAAAAAAAAGAGUUUUCGUUAUCUUGUCUAGGUUGUUGUACUGUGGACAUGUCUCUUUUCACUCACUAUGUGAAACUGGUUCCGGUUUAACAAGUAGUAUGGUGUGACAGGUGGUACAAUUGGUUUGUGUCUGGUUCACACCUAUUUUAAAAAAUAUAUAAAAAGGUGAAAAAUUAUUGACGUUUACUCACAAUCUAUAUUCAUAUUAAAUAAAAUACAACAUUCCAAACAAAAUAACUAAUUCUCAUAUUUAAAUACACCAUUUCACAUCAACACUCAAACGUUUCUACUUGAAACUGACAUGAAUCGUAAAUUAUUUGUACUAAUUAGAAGCACUAAAAUGAUAUCAUUUUGUUUAGAGGCCGGAAACCUAGCGAUCAUACCAAUAGCAUUCCAACUGAUUUCAUGGCCAACACCGAUUAUAUCAUGUUCUACCGCCCGACAUUUCACCGGAAUGCCGCAACCAUGCUUUUCACCCGUGUCGAGCAUUUCCAUUUGUUGGCCAAAAACCCUAAACACGUUUGUGAGGAGGUUGAACAAGCGUGCGGUCGUCAUUCACAAUUUCACAUCAACCCGAGCUUUCUUCAAUGGAUAUACAUAUGUAAGCAGUAGCAGCUAGGAUGUGGGGGAAAAAUCUUCGAUCCACUAAUCAUGAUGACGAUGGCUGUUUCCCGUUCCAAGAGGAAAUUAAAACACUAAUAAUUAUUGUAUUGAUAACGAGACAAGAGAGAAAUAAACGGAUGACGAUUGCAGUCUAUAAUUGUAGAGAUUAGGCAAUGAUUCGUGUAGAAAGAUCCAACUAUCAAUUAAUUUUCUUGUGAUCAGCAAAAUGGGUUUUUAGUGCUCGAGAAACUUCUCUUGCCUUCGCAUGCAUGAAACGUUCGCCCUAGGGUAGAAGGCAGUAUAGGAUUUUAUGAACAUAUAUAUGAUAAAUGGGAAAACGACAUGAUUUAACUAUACAUGGCAAUGGAUAGAUCAGUAGGGUAAUUUAACCCAAAUGUCAUGACACAUCUGGAUAUUGGAUCGGACCGAAAUGGGUCAGUAUGUAUUUUUAAUGAUUUUGGGUAUGGGUUGGGUUUGAAUUGGGUUCUAUUUGGGUCUAUUCAUUUGAGUUAUAUCAUUGUGGGUCUAAUUGGGUGUGGCUGAUUAUAUAUACACAAAAAAUACCAAUCAUUCAUUAACUACUUUCAACCCAAUGAUACACAUUUAAUGUAAGUAUUUUAAUCUUUCAAUUAUUUUCAUAACAGAAAAUAAAAUAAAAAAUGCAUUAUAAUUGGGUAUCUGUUGGGGAUAUGGCGCGGUUAUGCACACGCGAACCACGCUGCAAGAAGGUAUCGCGCUUACAGAAACUUGGGGAGGAUCAACAGCUCAAGAGUCUAAGUCAUAAGGUGUCGCGAAGCCCCACUCGCGGAAUGAAACCCCUAAACAAUGUCGUGCUGCAGCCUGACACACUAUCACAUCACAGACAUGGGUCGCCAGGGCAUGCGUCGCCGGUCUUGUCGGAUGUCACGACACAUUUAAUACCCACUGGAACGAGCCUAUAAAUAGAGCAUUCAUCACGGUGGGUGAAGGAUCGAUUUUAAGUUUCUCCCACUAGAACUUUAGAUCUUCUCUCUCUCAAAUUCUAUCUGUCUCGUUGUAAAACUUUCCUAAGGAAUAAAGCGGAAAUCCACAAUAUCUCCCUCCUACUCUCGUGUCUCACUCCUAUUCUUAGUUAGACACAAACAGUACCCAUUUUAUUUUAGACUUCCAAUAUUAUGGCGGUCCAAUUUAGACAAAAAAAAAAAGGUAUUGGUAUGCCCCAAAAGUAAGAUUACCAAAACUUGAUUUGACCUAUAAUCAUUAAUAAGUUGUAUUUGAGUAAUACCCAAACUUUGAGACCCAAUUGUCAUCCCUAGAUUUAAUGUGGUAUGAUAUUGAAUUAUUGCUUGGCUUUAUGUCUAUGGGGAUCAUAAAUUUUGGCUGUACGAGAAACAACAUCACAAUAAUGUACUUGAUGGAUUUGGUUCCCUCAUGAAUUUUGUCCAAAAUUCAUUGUUUGUUUCAUGCAUUUAAGGGCAACAAAUUAAAUUCGUGGGUCCCACGAACUUUUAAGGGUCCAAAUCCGCGGACCCCACAGACUUGAAAGUUCCACCCUUUUAGGUGGGAAUUGAUCAUGGACUUUGAAAUCCAUCAUUUAAGACCAAACUACCCCUCCUAUUUCAUUCUCUUCUCAUAGCAAUGAGGGCAAUAAAGGUAAAUUUCAUUUCAUACAUACAAAUCUAAUAACCAAUUCCAUCAUGAAAUCCACGACAAACAAUGGUAUUUUUCAAGUACAUAAUAAACCCAAAAGCCUCAUAUAUCCAUGGUAUUACAAAACCCAAAAUUUACCUAAACUUUCAAUUUUCAAAUCCACGAAGCAAACAACCGGUAAGUCCCUCCAUGUGCUCCUUGCCCUCAAAUAUAAUGUCAACCAUUCAUUAGUUAACUCAAAUGUGUUACAUGUCAUGCUGGCAUUGGGAUCAUCCAUUCAUUGAGAUGAAACUGGUUCAGAGGCUGGCCUCUACACCAUAGAAAACAUGAUCUAGAAAGUUAAUCAGGGGGAUAAAAACAAAAGAAAGAAAGCUACUUUUGAGCUGAAACAUUGAGGAACACAUCUGACUGAUCGAUCAUCAAACUUCAUUUCUUACACCCCCAAAGAUGAGGGGAGGGAGGGCAGGGAAUAAAGACACCUCCAAGAAUGUAGGCUAAAGGAAAGAAAAGAGAGCCGACAAGGAAUCUAAAUAGGAUAUUGAGACCCCUACUACCUUAGCCACCUUAAUUGUCUUCUCUCUCUUCUCCCCAUAUCUCACGUUGUUGUAGCUAGGGUUACAUAUAUAGUACUACAAUAUUGUAUAUUAGUAAUUUACACAUGGGUUGGUUCUUGUUGCAUCCAUCCCUUCAUUGCAAUUUCUCACUCUCCACAGACAGCUUUCCGAAAUCAUCGAUUGCUUUGCUUAUCUCUUGCCACCCUUUGUGCCUUUGUUCUUUGAAAAUGAAGAAAAAAAAGCUAUAAAAGGUUGUGUUAAAAGUAAAACCAUUAACGUUCUCAAAGUUACUGAUAAGAAAGAAGCCAAACUAAGUUAGAUAGAGGAGAAUAUAUGCAAGAUUUAAUUAGUGCAUGCAUGCGUUAUAUCACAUAUAUCAUUAUUCUGAUCACAUUCAUUAAUAUUCCAUGUUGUAUAUAGUAGUUACAUAUAUGGAUUGUGGAGGGAUACCAACUAAGGAAUUUUUGUCACUAUGCUUUGAAAUUGUUAAUUAAUCAAUUUGGGUUGUUGGAAGAAGGAGAGAUUCUUGAGGGGAAUAUAUGGUUAGGAUUGAUGAGAAGAGCUAUAUAGUAAGAUAAAAGGCCCCUUAGCUAGCAGUUAUUAGAUUAUGAGUAUUACAUUAUGUGAUUUGACAGAGUUAUGUUCUUUCUUGCUAAUUUAACAUAUGAGGACUAUUGGCCCAAACUAAGGUAAAUAAAGUAAAUUUUAUAUC